AUGUCGCAAUCAGAGAUAAAGCGCAAGCGGGCCCGAAUCGCAUGUGAGCCAUGCAGGGAACGCAAAAGAAAAUGCGACGGCGCCGACCCCUGCACCACCUGCAUUGAAUGGGGCUAUGCUUGCCAUUACAAAAAUGAACGACGGAAGCGACGGACUACCCAAGAACAGCAUCCUCUGGAAGGCCCACCAGCUGCGAAGUCUCCACAACAGCAAGAUGGGGCAGCAGAUACCCAUGGGCUAGUGCGUCGUCUUGAGGCAAAUUCCGGUGCAGCCUUCGUACGCAAAAUGGGUCUAAAAAUCGACCCCGCGAAAGCGCCGAAGCUUAGCUUGUUUGGGUGGAAUAUUGGUACCCGGAGCCUAUCAUCGGGAUUCGGUGGUGUGAAUACUGCACUUUCAAUUACGGAGAUUACAUCUUUGGAACAUAUGAGGAGUCUUGCUCAGGUUUACUUCGACAAAGUAGAUCCAUGCUACGGGUUUAUUGAUCGAAGUCAGUUCUUUGAGCGGUUGGAGUCCCGCUGGCAGUCAGCAUCUGUUAGUGAGCUGUAUGAUAGUGUUCUGGGUGGUGUCGCUGCAAUUGGUUGUCUGUUCUCACAACGAAACAUGACAAUCACGGAAUUACAUCUGAGUGGUGCAGCACGAUCUAUCCUGGAGAUGCACGUUUUGUCUGGAGUUCCCUCGGUAGACCUCCUCACCGGGUGGACACUGCGAGCCAUCUAUAUGCGAAUGACAGAUCUGCCACACUCGACAUGGAUAGCCAGUUCAAGAUUGAUGCAUCUGAUAGAAGCUGCGGGAUUUCACUUGGAGUCUACAGACUCGGUUUUCCCGAGCAGCAGAGGUACCGCACAGUGUGAUCCGGACAUUCGAAGGCGACUAUUCGGUGUGGCACAGCAUUUGAACAUGUGGACAUCCUUUGACCUAGGCCUAUCAAGGGUCUCCUUCCAAAAGAAUGAUCUGCCGCUCCCGCCAUCGACAAAACCUGGCGACUAUACAAAUGAGAUUCUCGGCCUCCUCCCCAUAUCAGCAAGCCUAGAUCCCGGAAAGCCAAAGGAAGAUGAUACAGAUCUUGAAGUAACGCUUUCUGAAGUUUUGGAUAGAGUCCACAAGGAGCCACCCUCCACCAUGGCACAAUGCAAUCUUGUCCUCUGCAUUCUUAGGAGGAUCCACACCCAAAACCUCGACAUCUCCUCUUCCCUCGCAGAAAGGGUCCUCGCACUCCUGAAGAAAGGACUUGGUUGCUCGCGCACUAUGGUAAUGAACUGCUCUCCUUGGCACCAGAUGGCAAACGUACCUUUUCACAUUACAUGUGUUCUUCUUGUAAUGGACACACGGUCAUCACUAGCGAUGCUUUCCGAAGCGAUGCAGACAUUGAAACUCGUCGCAUCAACUUACGAUACAGAAACCAUGAGAGAAGCAUGGAGUGCAGCUCGCUUAUUCGUCAUGCUUCAUCAACAACGCAGGAAAGAUGAUAUAGCAAUCUUCAAUGAAGCACUGAAUAUGGAACAACAAGACACCCCAGUUGGACCAUCCCCACAGGAUAACCCGAGCGCAGAGGAAUAUUCCUGGCUAGGGGCUUUGGUCGCUGAUUUACCGGGCUUAGAAAAGGUUGACCUUGACCAGUUCCUUAAUGCAGAUAUGAUGUAUAGUUCAAGUUUUCUAGGAGGACCUGGGUGA